AUGUCUCAUGAAGUCAGAUUCCCAGAUGAAUUUUUAAUCUAUGUACCCGUUCCAAACCUUGAUGAAGCUCACUUAUUGAUUGAUAAAUAUCGUCCCACAACUCAAUCAUCUCGAUCAGACAUUUCCACACCUCAUGCGCGAUACAUAUUCAUUCUUCAAAUAAAAAAAUGUUUGAUUGAUUAUUUCCCUCCUUCUUUCUCUCGAGAUUGUAGAAAGUGUUUGAUUGAUUAUUUCUCUUCUUCUUCUCUCUCUCGAGAUGGUAAUGGUGAAAGAUCAGCAAAUUAUUAUUUAACAAAUUUAUCUUCUGUUGCCGAGAUUUCUUGGAGGAACGCGAGUAGUGAAUAUAGGGAAGAAUAUCAAAGAUUGUGUCGGAAUCCGAGUUUAAAAGCAAAGUUAGAAGAUGAAUUCAAAAAAGUUACACGAACCUUGAUUUUACUGAUCUAA